AUGGGAGGAAAUCAAACCCAGAUUAAAUUCAUCCUGUUAGGAAUUACAGACAGCCCUCGUGCACAGACCCCUCUGUUCGUGUUGUUUCUGUUGAUUUACAUAGUCACUCUGGUGGGGAACGUUGGCAUUAUCUCAUUGGUUCGGGUGUCUCCCAGCCUUCACACCCCCAUGUACUUCUUCCUCACCCAUUUUGCCUUCAUGGACAUCUGCUAUUCCACAGUCAUCUCCCCCAGGAUGCUGGCAGACCUCUUAUCAGAGGACAAAACCAUUUCUUUCACUGCCUGCAUGAUGCAGUACCUCAUCUUUGCUUUCUUUGCUAUUAGUGAGUGUUACCUGCUGGCCACGAUGGCCUAUGACCGGCACGUUGCCAUCUGCCAGCCCCUGCUCUAUGUGACCAUCAUCUCCAGCCGUGUCUGCUGGCAGCUGGUAGCAUCAUCCUACCUAUUCGCCUUCCUCAGUGCCAUCAUCUACACAUGGUGUGUGUUUGGAGGUUCCUUCUGUGGUCCCAACCGCAUUGACCACUUCUUCUGUGAUGUUGUCCCUGUUCUAAAGCUCGUGUGCUCUGACACCCACAGCAGUGAGAUGGUCAUCUUUGCCUUUGUCACCAUCAAUGUGGUGGGCACGAGCAUGUUCAUUUUGCUCUCCUACAUCUCUAUCAUCUGCACAGUGCUGAGGAUGUGCUCAGCACAGAGCAGGGCCAGAGCCUUCCACACCUGCACCUCCCAUUUGAUGGCGGUUUCCUUAUUCUUUGGGUCAGCAUUCUUCAUGUACCUACAACCUUCUUCUAGCCACAGAAGCCUGGAUAAGGUGGCCUCCAUCUUCUACGCCGUGGUCACUCCCAUGCUCAACCCAUUCAUCUACAGCCUGAGGAACAAGGAGGUGAAGUGGGCUCUUAAAAGGCUUCAAAAGAUUCUUUGCAUUCUGGUAGCAUCAUCCUACCUAUUCGCCUUCCUCAGUGCCAUCGCCUACACAUGGAGCGUGUUUGGAGGUUCCUUCUGUGGUCCCAACCGCAUUGACCACUUCUUCUGUGAUGAAGUUCCUGUGCUAAAGCUUGUGUGCUCUGACACCCACAGCAGUGAGACGGUCAUCUUUGCCUUUCUCACUAUCAACGAGGUGGGUACAAUUGUGGUCAUUUUGCUCUCCUACGUCUCUAUCAUUCGCACAGUGCUGAGGAUGUGCUCAGCACAGAGCAGGGCCAGAGCCUUCCACACCUGCGCAUCCCAUUUGAUGGCUGUAUCCAUGUACUUUGGGCCAGCAUUCUUCAUGUACCUACAGCCUCCAUCUAGUCACAGGAGUCUGGAUAAAGUGGUUUCCAUCUUCUACACAGUGGUCACCCCCAUGCUCAACCCAUUCAUCUACAGCCUGAGGAACAAAGAGGUGAAGGGGGCUCUGGUCAAGUGUGGGAGGAGACUGUUCAACCAUAGGCAACUGAGACGAGUUCUUUCAUCCAGAACAUACAUAGGAUGA